AUGUCCUCGACUUCUCCACUAGCGUCCACUGCAGUUGCUGCUGCAUCUGCUGCUGCUGUUGCUGCAGCUGCAAGGCAUUCCCUUUGGCUUGCAUCCAAAGCAGCAGCGCCAGCAACAGCGGAUGCAAUUGAUGGUUCUGAAGCUCCCCCCAGUGCCUAUGGCCGUCCUUCUCUUGCAGUUGCGUUGGCAGCGCUUGCACGUGCCUGUCAACGGCAGAAGCAGCAACAGCUGCAGCAACAGCAGCAGCAACAGCUGCAGCAACAGCAGCUGCUCCUGCUGCAGCAAGGGCACCAGCUUUUUGCUGCCGCAGCAUCAAAAGCAGCUCUCGCAGAAUGGAAUCUGCAGCAGCAGCAGCAGCUGCAACAGCCGCAGCAGCAGCAGCACCGGGCGUCUGUGCCGGGGCCCCUUUUCUGCUGCUUAGCGCUGCAUGCAUGCGCAGCAUUCUUCGCGUUGCCUCAGAUGCAACAGCUUCGAGCAUGCUCACGCAGCGCCGACCUUGCAGCUAUUGCCCACUCUAUUCAUGCCAUCUUAGGAGGGAACCCACUCAUAGCACUCCAGGAGGCUUCUCUCUAUGCUGUUUAUCAACAAGCCCCAGUACAUCUGCUUUGUGCGCAUCUCACAGGGCAGUGCAUGCGGUUGUUGCUGCCUCAGCUCGGCUGUUGCAGCAGCAAGCACGCAGCAACAGCCUUGACGGCGCUCUUGCGCUUGCUGCCGCAUCUUCCUGAAACAGCGGAAGCACAAGCGGAGCCGCAUGCAGCCUUCUCAGAGCAUGCGAUUGCCUCAAGGGAAGCAGGUUUGCCGAGAGCAACAGGUGAAGCAACGUGUGUGACAGCUGCCUCGCACAGGUUCCGCAGCAUGCCGUCUGUGUGGAGCAGCAGUCGGGCAGAACCCUCUGCGGCUUUUGUCUUCUGGCUUAUUGCAGCUGCUCUAGAGCGUGCCUUGCUGCUGCUGAGGCGCACGCGGAAAAGUAUGAGCAGCAGCGGCAGAAUCAGCAGCAGCAGCGGCAGCCGACGAACGCUUACUUCAGUGGUGGGAGCUGCUGCAAGAACCGCCUCGGCAGCUGCUCUCGCCACUUCUGCAGGCAGCACUGCAGCAGAAGCAGCUGAGGCAGCACUUGCGGCUGCAAUAGAGCUGCUACGUGCCCCUGAUCUGAAGGCGCUGCUGCUGCUGCAGCGAGAUGAACUCAAAGCACCCGACUUGAUGGUGCUGCUGCAUGCUGCAGCACAGGGACGUCUGCAGCAUCCGGAGCUUCUGCUUCUGCCGCUCCUAAUUUGCGCUUUUGCUCCCUCCCUGCUCCCCUACGUCUGCACUCAGCUGAUGCGUCUUCUUCCCGAACUGCUGCUUCAACACCUCGAAUUCGUAAGGCCAGCGCAGCUGCUGCUUCUUCUCCACUCCUUAAGCAGGCUCCGCGUCUCUGGUGCGGCGUUCUCGGGAGAAGCAGCAUUUACAGAAUCAGCUCGAGUAGAAGCAAGAAAAGCAGCUGGGUUAGAAACGAGCGAAACAGCAACAGGAGAAGCAAGAGAAACAGCAUCAGGGGAAGCAAGAGAAACAGCAUCAGGGGAAGCAAGAGAAACAGCAACAGGAGAAGUUCACUUUUCAGACGUUGCCGUGCAGGCCGCUCCCAAAGUCUUGCGCUUCUUGCAGAGUGACCAGUGUAGCCUUCGAGACGCAGCAGUUGCUUCGACUGUUUAUUCUUCCGUGUCGGUUCGGGGGGCGCCUGGCGCGCCAUAUGCCGCGGCGAUUAUUGCAGCCGCUGCUGCACGCCUUCCCGAGCAGCUGCAGCAGCAGCACGCGAUGCAGACGCAUAGCAGCCUUUUGAGCCGGAGCUGCGCGCGAAGGCGACUUUUCGACUUGCUCACGCUGCUUCGCGUGCUGGUGGAAUGGAGAGUCUCAACCCCUGGCCUCUGGGCGCCUCCUCUUUUGAGAAACUUUGCAGCAGCUCUGGCAGCUCCCGCAGCAGCGGGGGAGCGCCCCCCCGCUGCUGCGCUGUCUUUGCAGCACCUGGUGACUGCAGCAGCGGCUCUCGUGCAGCUGCAGCUGCUGCAGGCGUCUUUUCGACAAGCGGCGUGGAGGGACAUGUCUGCCAUGUCUACAACGCUGCUAAUUCAGCAUCUGAGGGCUGUAGCGCUGGAAACGGAGUAUUCCCUUCUGGAUUUCUCGGAGGAGCAGCAUCAAGAGCAGCAGCACGGCAGCAGCGGUAAAGUUGCAGCUGCUAUAUUGGAAGCGGAGUUCCAGAAGAGGUGUUUAAAGCUUCAGCAGAAGGCGGAAGUUGCUGCAUUACUAUGGCGUAUUUCGAACACUGACGGCGCCAUGCGGGUUUUUCGCGGUGCCUCUGUAUCCCCCACACCGCGGAAGCGUUCCACUGCAGCGCCUCCUCGCGCAAGGGCUGACGUUUUCACGCCAGCGCCCCCUUGUUCUGCCGCUGCUGUUCGCCAUGCAGUGUGGGAACUGCCUUCCCCUACAGGCAAAGCGGGAGCGGCUUUGAAAGGCAAACAGGCCGCACCCAAACUCCUGGUGUUGCCGUCUGCUUCCUCUUCGCGCAUUGGCGCUGCACUUUGCGCGCUGCCUGAACAAUCCUUGCUGCCUCAGGACGCGUUGGAAGAAUUGCUGCCGUGCGGCAGCAGCGUGCAAAGUGCGAGCAGCAGGCAGCAGCAGCUGCUGCUGCAGCGGCAUCCGCAGCAGCCACAGCAGCCGCGCCGGCAGAAGACGCCGACGGGAACAUUCGCAGCAGGAGCUGCUGCUGCAGCGGCAUGCAUUUCACAGGAACCCUCGUGCAGCAUCCCUCCCCAGCCGAAGCUUCUGCGGCAGGAAACGCUGGCUGCGUCUGCCGUUACAGCAGCCGCAGACCGGGUUGCACGGAGAGUUGUUGUUCCCGAAGCGCUGUUGCUGCUGCUGCUACCUCCCUCCGCAGCAGCAGCAGCAGCAGAGGCUCCUACAGCACAGGACGCUCUGGAGAAGCGGGUGGCUGCUGCUACUCCGGCAGCAAGCGCAAGCAUCACGGACGGCCCUCUUAAUCGAAACAGCAGCGCUUGCCACAAUCUUGACGGAAGCUCCUUGGGUAUGCCUCUGGCCCUCUCCCUUGAGAGCAGUCCUAGGGAGGCCUGGUAUCAGCAAGGGCAGCAGCAGCAGCAAGAGCAGCUGCUGCUACAGCGCUUGCUGCUGCGCUGCAGUCCAUGGCAAGCGGCACCAGGCGACGCUCCGGCAGCAAACUCUCUCGUCUUGCGGCGGACGGUUGUUGCUGCUGACGCCAAUUAUGUGCUAGACUGUAUGAAAAUUGAUGUCGCUCUCCAGCUGUUGCGGCCUACGUCCUCUGGAAGUAAGAGCAGCAGCAGUAGCAAUGACAGCAGCAAUAGCAGUGGCAGCAGCAGUAGCAGCAAAACGGCGUGUUGUGGAGACGGCUCCCGACCAUUUCGUCGCAUCGCCCUUCUCCUGCGAGAUGCCAGCAGUAACUGCAACGGCAGGGUUGCUGCAGCUGUGUCAGAAUUAGAGUCUUUGCUUGCCGCACUCCGUGGCUGGGAGGUAUGCGAGCUAUUGCUGCCUCUCGAGACUGGCCCUCUGGCCAGGGGGCUGUCUACCGAGGCGGGUACUGCCCUGCUAGCUUUUCUGCAGGGGGAGGCUGCCGGCUACACGCAACGCGAUGCGCAGCCUUAA